CUCUUCUCAGCAACCGCCAUCUUCCAGAAUCCAAACACGAUGGUCCCUCGAAGAACUCCCCGGCUUUCGCUCGCGGAUCUCCCCGACGAGCUCAUUCACUCCAUACUCGAUCAAUUGCUUGCGGAAGUCUACCCAUUUGCGCCCCAUAGCGGCCUUGAAGACUGCCGUCGCGAAUGCGGUCUGUCGCUGGCAAGCACCUCUCGCACCCUUCGUGCAUGCUGCCUUCCUUGGCUCUUCAAGCGAGCUUACAACUGGCGUCGACAGGGACGUGGAGUAUGGCCCACUGGUCUCUGGUGCUACUUCGUCGAGCUUCAUCUUCGCAGCUACUCGAUUCGAAAUCCCAUGCUUAUCCCAACAUCCUUGGAAGACUUGGGGUUUGCUCUGUGCCAUAUGUCGAAGCUUACCCACCUUAUCAUAUCGUUGGAGUCAGCCAUCACUUCGGAAUUUCUCCAGCGAAUUGCCACCGUGUCAACGCUCUCUAUCCUCGAGUUUCAUGGGACUCCUUGGCAUGAAAUCACGGCACGGGCAAGCUCCUUCGCGAAUAUCUCAACUCUGGUAGUUCGCAUAGCAGGGCCGCACGGGGCGUAUCGGCUAGCACAAGAGCCAGGCGUGGCCGCCGAACAAGUCAUCAUUCAUGAGGUGCUUUUAGCACCGCUUGCUCCCCUUCUUGCGGAAUCUGACUAUCUCUGCCUCGAUAAUCCCCCCGACUCCACCACAUUAGGAGAGCUGUCGGAGCCGGCCUUGCGAUUUCUCGGAGGCUUAUCGUCGCUCACCUUAUCCAAUUUGAACCCCAAUCAAGCGGGCCGCAUUCUUGCAUCUCUGCAUUCAUUACGGUCGCUGUCCCUUCUCACUCUACGCGACGGCUAUACAAGUCAGAACGAACGGGUCUCGUGGUUUUCCCCCGUCCACCAUCCCGACAUCUUUUGCCUUGUUGGCCCUGAGGCAAUUCAACUGCUCAGCCAGCUGCCCAACCUCACUAAGCUUCAUCACCUCGGAAUCACGCUCUAUGAGACCGGCUUGACGCCCGACUUGCAACAGUUUUUGAAUCAGAAUACUCCGGGACUGAGUUCGUUGCAACUUCGAGUCAAACCAAGACUCGGGUCUGGACAUCUAUUUAUUGAUUUCGAGAGGACGCGCCUUCUGCAAAACCUUGCUCAUCUGCGUAACUUAACUGUUCUGACGAUCAUUUUGGAGUACAAUCUCAUUGAAGCCAAUCCGGGUCCUCCUGCACACUCCGCCUUCCAAAUUUUCCGCGAAGUACCUUCCCUGCAGACCGUAAUCUACAAAUUUGCUGGAUGUUUUGACCCCAGUACAUUGGAUCCUAUUGUCCAUACGUGGCAUAGGGAGAUGCUCAAACACCCGCGCCCGCCAAGGGUAAUCAAGGAGUUUCGGUACCCUCCAACUCGGAGACGUUAG